AUGAAACCUAUAUUAAAUUUAGAUUUUAGUGAAGUCAAAUUUGAUAAUGAAUAGAUACCUAAUUACACAAAAGAAUUUAUGGAUUAAAUGAGAGAUCAUAUGUAUCAUGUUAGAAAGUUUGAAGAGAUGUAAAAAAAUCAAAUUCCAAAAUUCCUUCCAUAAAGACCAAUGAGUGCUUAAACUAAGAAAGUUAAGACAAUUCCCCAAAAAAAACAUAAAUACUUAAAAUAAAAACAAUAAGUUAUAUCAAAUUAAUAAGCACCACCACAAAAUACUUCAAAUAUGAUUAAGAUUGCAUAAACCUAUAUAUCUGAAACUAUUCCUGUAAUUCAUUCUAAUUAAUUGAUUCCUGGUUCAGAUGUAUAACUCACUAAAUAACCUAAUAGUUCUAAAGUAUGUAAAACAUAAGCACCAAAAUAACAACAACAAUAAUAACAACAGAAUAAUAAUAAACCCUAACAACAAGAUUAACCUGUAAAAAAAGAAAUUUAUAGUCUUUUUGAAUGGGAAGAAGAUAUUGAUGGGUAAUUUUAUAUUAAAGAAGCUGUCUAGUUAUAGGAAAAAAAUAAAAGACUCUCAACAGUUGAAAAAUCUAAUAGAGAAUAGUUUCUAUAAAAAGUUAAAGUUUAGAAUACAACAUCAUCUAAAGAAGAUUUGUUAAAAAAAUAAUAGUUUGAAAUUCAAUAAAAAUAAAAUAAAUUAGAAUAGUUAAGAUUAAAUAAUAAUGUUUAUUAAGAAAUAGUAAAUAAUAAAAAAGAUUAAGAAGAUGAUUAUGAUAAUGAUUUUGAAGAUGAGGAUUAAAUCAUAAAAUAACCUAUUCAAUAAGAAGAUGAUGAUUAUGGUAAAGAUGGAUUUGAAGUAUAUGAUGAAGAUAAAGUUGUAGGAAUUAUUGAAGAAGAUAAAAAUUAAUAAAAAUAAAUUGAUAUUUUAAUCAAAAGAUAAUAAAAUAAAGCUAAUACAGAUUCCAAAAGUACUUUAACUUAAAAUUCUAAAAAUAAAAAGAAAUUUAUGUAUAGACCAAAAAAUGCUAAAGAAAGAAAAUAAGAAUUAGAAGGUAUGAGAGAAGAACUUGAAAAAAAUUUAAUUUAAAAUGAUAGUGAAUCUGCCAAUCUAUUUAAAUUAUUGUAAGAUUCAAAAGAAAAAGAAAAAGUUAUGAUUGAAGUUAAUACAAAAAGAAAAGAAGACUUAGCUUUAGCUCGUUUAACUUAACAACAAUUAUAAGAAUAAAUUGAUUAAUAAUUACACAUCAUUGAUGUAAUAGGAAUUUUAAUAUCAUUAGGAUUUAGAUAAAAAAGAACAUUAUGCUUAAUAAAUUAUUGAAAAACUCAAAGAUAAUAGAAAAAAGUAAUAAUAAUAAUAUGAUUAUGAAAUUGAAAAAUUCUUAGCUUGUAAAGUGAUUGCAAGAUUACUUAAAGGCAAAAAAGAUAGAAGAUUAUUUUUAGAGUUAAGACGUUAAAUGUUUAUGAAUAUGCUCAAAUAAUGA